UCUUCGUUGGUUAAGGCUUUGACAAGCAGCGCAACUGUUGCCCCAGGACCGGGACCGGGAGGGGUUUCUCUUUCUAACGAGAGGGGAAGAUGUUGUUCAGUCCAACGGGUUACACGGAAUGCUUACGCGAAUGGGAGGAUUUAGAGAAGAGCUACCAACAGAUUCAGGACAGCCAUCGCUUAUACAAACAGAAACUGGAGGAAGUGACGAAGCUGCAGGACAGCUGCUCCGGUGCCAUCGCACGUCAGAGGAAGAAGCUGAAAGAGCUCACCGCGUCACUAGAAGGAUGCAAAGAAAAUCACCCGAAUCCCAGAUUGAAUCCAGAGGACGUGGAUGCCAUCGCUGAAAUGGAAGACUUCAUCAAAGACAGAGCGGACGCUUUCUCUGAAAUGGAAGCGUUUCUGCCAAAGAAGAACGGGUUAUACCUCGCUCUGGUUUUAGGAAACGUCAACGUAACGCUCCUCAACAAACAGUCAAAAUUCGCCUACAAAGACGAAUACGAGAAGUUCAAACUGGUCUUCACGGUCCUCCUCUUCGCGUUCUCCUUCACGUGUCGCGUUUUGUUCAGCUCCAGAGCCCUGGACGCCCUGUUCAACUUCCUGUUGGUGUGGUACUACUGCACGCUCACCAUCCGCGAGAGCGUCCUCAUCAGCAACGGCUCGAGUUUCAGUCCUCCGUGUUGUUUCAGGAUCAAAGGUUGGUGGGUUUUCCAUCACUACGUGUCAACCUUCCAGUCAGGAGUCAUGCUCACUUGGCCCGACGGCGCCCUCUACCAGAUGUUUAGGAAUCAGUUCCUAACAUACUGUCUAUACCAAAGCUUCGUCCAGUUCCUCCAGUACUACUACCAGAGCGGCUGCUUGUACCGACUCCGCGCUCUGGGAGAGAAACACAACAUGGACGUCACAGUCGAGGGUUUCCAGUCCUGGAUGUGGAGAGGAUUGACCUUCCUACUUCCUUUCUUAUUCUUUGGUCAUUUCUUGCAGCUCUACAACAGCAUCACACUGUUCCAGAUGUUUCAGCUCCCAGAGUGUAAAGAGUGGCAGGUUGUGAUGUGCGGCGGCUCUUACAUGGUGCUCUUCAUGGGCAACGUCUUUACCACGCUGGGCGUGGUUUACCAGAAGUACAUGAACAACAAGUCCAAGAGCUUAUGAGAAAGAGAAUAACCCCAAAUAAAAAUCCUUGUUUGUGUGGAGUAUGCAAAGCUACCCAUCAGCUCUAAUAUUCUCUUUUAGAGCUCUUUAUCGAUGGCGUGAAUGUUGUCCUUUUGGACCAUUUAAAUGCUACUUUUAGCAAUGUGUGGACAUGGACAUUAUCCCAUUGGCCUGUCAAUGAAAUACACCGUCUGUCUUAGAAUUGUACACCUCCGAUGAGUAAACGUUACUGAGUAUGGAAAUAACUAAGAUAUUUGCAUCGUGGUCAUUUGGGGAAAUCUGCACUAUUUUAGCCUUUCAGAAAGUGCCAAUAAAACACUCCCAAAGCCC